AUGUUAGAUGAGGUGGUGAACACUAGCUCUGAGAUCACCACCAAAGACUUGAAGAAGGAAGUUGUGGAGGAGACAGAGAAUGGAAGAGAUGCACCUGCCAGUGGGAAUGUUAAUGAGGAAAAUGGGGAGCAAGAGGCUGACAAUGAUAAAGGGGAAGAGGAGGAGAAUGAGGAGGAUGAAGAAGGUGACAGUGAGGAAGAGGACAGAGAUGAAGAUGAGGAAACUGAGGCUUCUAUGGGCAAGCGGAGAGCUGAAGAUGAUGAGGAUGAUGGUAUUGACACCAAGAAGGAAAAGACUGAUGAGACAAGAUAA